GCGCGUCAAGCGGAAACGUACAUCACUGUCAGCGUACCCACGAAAUGUAACGGUUCGCAGCUUCUACCGCGUUACGUCGACGUUACGUCGACGUUACGCGUGCCAGGAAAGCGGAAGUGCCGGUAGAGGCUGUGAGUUGUGUUUUGUUCCUCUCGAAUGCCACUCGUUCUGGAAAGGUGUCACCAUGUCAAAGCAGCCGAUGGGGAAGACCCUGUUGAGGAACGUGAUCCGCCACACAGAUGCCCACAACAAGAUCCAGGAGGAGAUGGAGAUGUGGAAAAUGCGAGACUGGGAAAUCCAAACGUCCCACCACAAACAGUUAUCAGAUACAGAGUGUAUGAGGGGGCGGAUGCACUGUGAUCGAGUGCCAGAUCAAGCUAGAAACCUGAGUCAAAGCAGGGCGCGAGUCCCAGAACAUGACCACAGAGAGGCUCGAUACUGGACUCGCAAACUGUAUGAAUUUGAGGCCAGUGAUCCUGACAGGUGGGGACAUAGUGGCUUCAAGGAGCUUUAUCCAGAGGAGUUUGAAAAUGAGGGUGAAAAAAACAGUGCUACAAAGAAGAUUGGGCACCAAAAAAUGAAAAAAUCCAAGUCUGACACAGAAGCAAGCUUAUCAAAACACUCCAAAAAAUCCUCUCGAAAGAAGAAAAAGAAAAAGAAGAAGAAAGACGAGGAAGAGAAGCGAAAGAAAGCUAAGUGUUUGAGCAGUGAUGACAGCACUGAUGACAGCAGCACUACCAUAGACAAGCAGAGGAGGAAAAGGACUAAAAGUCGACAUAAAGACAAGAAAAGUGCAAAAGCCAAAGUGAGAGAUGAUGACAGCAGCUCAGGGGGCAGUGAUGAUGAUUUAGAAAGAGAGAGACGGACUCACAGUCGCAAAAAGCGAAAACAAGACUCACACAAAGACUCAGACUCAGGGCCGAACUCAAAAAAGAACAGGAGGAAAAACUGGAAAGCAGCAGGUGAAGAGAGCUCAGAUGAUAGUUCGGCUAACUGACAUGCACGGAUGUGGACAGACGACCAGGAAAACUACUGCAGAUUCCUUUGUUCCCCUUAACUGCACAGAGGGGCUUUUUCUCUGCAGGGCCGUUCUGUAUUGUACUUUGUGAGACAUCAACAAACCUGUGCUGUCGGCGCUCUCCGUGGGCGUUCUGUGUAGCAGUAUCUCGUCACCACUGCAGUGUCGUGAAGCACUUUGUGUGGCAGUGCAGGCAGCGUGAAGAGAGAUAGUGGGGUAUCCACCGCCUGCCUCAUGAAGAAUCCUGUCAGCUGCAGGCUUAUUGAUUGAUCACUGACUCUCGCCUUAGACUGUCGGCCUCACGUGGAGACCUUCCGUCCUGAAAUGACCACUGUUUUUUAUUUUAUUUAGAAAAAAAAGAAGUCAAAUUAUGCAACUUUCCUCACCAGUUACAAUAAAAUGUUAAUUUAGUUUUAUUCAUGUUUUUUAGUUUUGUAGAUUUUUAUAUUUGUAUGCAGCACACUGUCAUGGGUGAAA